AUGUCCAGGCCACAGACAUCUCACUUCCUACCCCUGCCUCCGCUUUCCAUCCGUACUCCCGCACCGUCCUACCGUAAACCUACCAUGGUGACCACCUACUCACAUCAGCCAGACCGAACGAUAACUCACGAUGAUUCCUCAAUGACAUAUUACCGAGCUGCUCCUAUGGGGUCGGAUCUCAACUACGGGUAUGAUAGGAGGGUAGAAAGGGAUGAGAGUGUCGAUGAGCAUCUGGAUGGGCUUUGUGAUGCUUUGAGAGAAGUACGUGGACCGGGCCAAGGGGAGAGGAAGGGAGGGAUAAUCACUUGGAGAGGAAUGAUAACUAAGAUCAUGACUGCGCCAUAUGAAGAUAGAGAAGGAUGGGAGAUGACCGCCAUAGCAUUGGAUGGGUCUGUGUAUAUCGAAUUGCAUGAUCCACCAGAAGUAAGAGCGAGGAGACGAAACCAAGAAGCCCCAUAUGCAAAGCAGAGCUAUAUGGGAUACUCUUUCGAAUCAUUUUCAACUGUAUCUGUCCAUCAAGAGCAAGAGGAGGACUGGCCAGAGGGAUGGGGCGGGGACGUGAAUACGAAUGUCCAGUGGUGCAAUGUAGUUCGCUCAGCAAUAGGUGAUAUACCAUUAUGUCUAGGAGGGGAGGUAGAUUGUGUAAAAGCGGAACCUGGAUUACCUCAUCCUGGACUUGACAAAUGCGUGGAGCUUAAGACGAAUAAAGUGAUAGAGAAUGAGAAGCAGGAGUUUACUUUUCACAAGAAGCUACUGAAACAUUGGGCUCAGAGCUGGUUAUUGGGUAUACCGGAAAUCCAAGUUGGUUUCCGUGAUGAUUCAGGUAUAUUACGUUCACAAAGGGGAUUUGAGACUGAGAAAAUACCCAGGUUUAUCGCCUCAGUUCCAUCACCUCGCCCGCCAUGGACACCUCAACCAUGUCUUCACUUCCUCUAUGCUGUCCUCCAGCUAGUUCUUACCCAUGCACUCCCCACUGACCCACUGAUACGCCACCUUUCAGGAAGUGUACAUCCAGAAGACCCUCUGCCUGCUGCUACAGUAUGGAGAUUCUCUUUCAUCCCUAGAAGAGGAUGUGAGAUGUACAAGGUUGGUGAGGUAGGUGUGGACGAGGGAGGAAGGUGGGGCGGGAUGUUGAAAGAAGAUUAUGUGAGGUGGAGAAUGGGUUGA